AUGGGUUCCAGCCUGAGUCGAGCGAUGGGCAAGAUCUUUGGCAACAAAGAGAUGCGCAUCCUCAUGCUUGGUCUCGAUGCUGCAGGCAAAACGACGAUCCUGUACAAGCUCAAACUCAACCAGUCGGUGACGACCAUCCCCACUGUGGGGUUCAACGUCGAGACGGUGCAGUACAAGAAUGUGAAAUUCAACGUGUGGGACGUGGGCGGACAGGACAAGAUCCGCCCGCUCUGGCGCCACUACUACACGGGCACCCAGGGGCUAGUCUUUGUCGUCGACAGCCAGGAUCGCGAUCGCAUCGACGAGGCGAGGCAGGAACUGCACCGCAUCAUCGGCGACCGCGAAAUGCGCGACUGCCUGCUCCUCGUCUUUGCAAAUAAACAGGACCUGCCCGGCGCCAUGAGCCCCGCCGAGGUCACCGAGAAGCUCGGCCUGCACAGGAUGCGCGACCGCAGCUGGUUCGUCCACCCGAGUUGCGCCACCAGCGGAGAGGGGCUCUACGAAGGCUUGAGUUGGCUCUCCCAGAACGUAUCCACCACCAAGAGCUGA